CACCGAGCAUUCGCCGCUCUUUGCUGUGCUAAGUUCACUUUUUUCCAGUCUCAUCCUCCUCAUUCUGAGGGCUUUUCAGCAGACAGCUCUUCUUCUGCAGUGGAUGAUUCCGAGGGGAAAUGCCGCUCCUGAUGGCCCUUCAUCACAUUGGUCUGUGCGUGGUGCUUUGCAUCAGUAGCAGCCUCUCCACACCUCUGCCUUACUCAGAUUCUCUGGAGGGAAGCAUAGAUGAGGAAGACAACAACUACUUCACUUUCUAUCUGCCUAUUACCAAUGUCUCCACAGAGUACCAGACCGCACCUGCCAACACAGCCCAGGAGGAAACUGACUUUCUGAAUCAGCUUGUGAACUUUCUUAAUGAGAACAUGCUCCUCAUCCUCGUUGCAGCCAGUCUCAUCCUUCUCGUCUUCCUUAUCAUCUGCGGGGCAGUUUUCAUGAGCCACAGACGCAAAGUCAACGCUUACUAUCCUUCCUCCUUCCCCUCAAAGAUGUAUGUGGAUGACAGGGACAAAAGUGGAGGUGCUAAACCCUUUAACGAAGUUCAAGAAAAAGCUUCCCCAGGGCAGGAAAGCGAGCCAGUGGACUCUCACAAGCAGCUCCAGGCUGACAUUAUGAGGGCUGCCAAGAGCCUGCGCGCUCCAAAUAAAUCUGUUGAUGCUGCAGAGAGAAGCGAUCCCAGUCAGAAAGUAGCAGACCGCAGUCCCGAGGACAGCUCAAAAGCAGAUGACAGCAUCCUAGACCAUCAGCUCCCAAGUCUCCCAGAGGAAAAUGAGCCGAGCGAGCUUUCCGACAGUGAGGCCACCACCACAGAGGGCAGCUCAGAGCCGAAUCCUCCUGAGCUGCCUCGGUCAGAGGAAGUUGAUUCACAAGAGCCUUUGACGGGCAGGAGUCCGCGGCCCUCCUCUCUGCACAUUCACAAUGACUCUGCUACACUUCAGCUCAUCGCAGGAGAGAAAACUGCCUUCUAAGAAAUCACAUUUUUGCAGAAAACCAAAGAUUUCUGCAGGAUUUUAUUUGAGGAAAUGCAGAGAAGUUACUAAAGAUACAGCAGGCAGAGUUGAAGAUGAUACAUGAUACUCUCUUUAUGCACCUUUGUACAAGUUUCACAGUACACAAAUACUGUUAGUAUUUUUUGUGUUCCUGUGUUUGAAUUUAAACAUCUCUGCUGGUAACAGUAGGUGGUGUGGUCCCAAUUACUCUGCGCUUCUAUGCAAAAAACAAAAAAC